ACCACCACAGAGCACUUCGCUUCCUGUGCCUUUAAGGACUGCUGCCCUGUGCCAGGGUCUUGACCUCAGCAUCCUCAGCUGAGUUGGAUUAAGGGACCGUUUUCAUGCCAUUGCGAAUUCCUUCUGGCUGCUGUCCCUUCCCCCACACAGAGGCAGAACAGCCAGUAGCCCGAAUCAGUCUGCCAAGGGCAGCUGGAGAGUUGGUCUGACCUGGCAGCCCCCGCCCUCAGAGAGUAGAGGCUGCUCCUUUGAUAGGCGGUUUAGGGGCACGGAGUGGGCCCUUUGGGGUCUUGGGCUGUCACGGGAACUCCAGAAGGCAAUGCAGAGCCUAGAGCCAUGAAGGACUGCUCAGAUAUCAUCCUCUGUGUGGAGACAACAGAGCUGAGCAAGACGGAGUUCUGCAAUCCUGCUUUUGAGCCUGAAUCAGGGCUGCCUCGCCCUCCACCUGCCUUCCGGGAGGACCCCAGCGGCCGCUUCCGAGCUCCCUGGCAUGGUCAGCGCCCCCGAGGGCUGCAGCCAGACUGCCGCUUCUCCUGGCUGUGUGUCCUCCUGCUGGCCAGCCUGCUGCUCCUGCUGCUCGGGCUGCUGGUGGCCAUCAUCCUGGCCCAAUUGCAGGCUGCAUCCCCAUCUGAGGCCGCCUUUCAUCUACCGCCUUCCCGAGGCUUCACCACCACUGGGGCCCCUAAAGGGCAACUGGAGGCAGGCAUGAGCCCCACACCCCAGUCCACCUGUGGGGGCCUCCUUCCUGGCCCAAGGGGCUUCUUCAACAGCCCCAACUACCCAGACCCUUACCCACCCAACACCUACUGCGUGUGGCAUAUCCAGGUGGCCACAGACCAUGCUAUACAGCUCAAGAUUGAAGCUCUCAGCAUAGAGGGGGUGGCUUCUUGUCUUUUUGAUCGCUUGGAAAUCUCCCCCGAGCCUGAAGGCCCCCUCCUCAGAGUGUGUGGGAGGGUGCCUCCCCCCACACUCAACACCAACGCCAGCCACCUCCAGGUGGCCUUCGUCUCUGACAGCAGCGUGGAAGGAUCUGGCUUCCACGCCUGGUACCAGGCUGUAGCCCCAGGGCACGGGAGCUGUGCCCACGAUGAGUUCCCCUGUGACCAGCUCGUCUGCCUGCUACCUGACUCAGUGUGCGAUGGUUUUGCCAACUGUGCUGAUGGCAGUGAUGAAACCAACUGCAGUGCCAAGUUCUCAGGUAUGGCCCCCACCAGCCUCAGGGCGGGCACUGUCUUCAGGCAUCUGAUCCAGGUUGAGGCCGUCUUCCUCAGGCCUGGCCCAGCCCCAAACCUGCCUGGUUACUCUUUUGGCCCAGAAUUUGUUUCCCCACAGGCAUGGCCAAAACUCCUCUGCCGUCAAUGCCAGCCCUACUGGGUGAAGGCCCAGACCUGGCAAACUCAUGAGCCCCUCUGCCCCUGUACAGGGUGUGGGGGGAACCUGACUGGGCUCCAGGGCAUGCUCUCUGCUCCCAUCUACCUGCAACAGUAUCCUCACCACCAGCUUUGCACCUGGCAUAUCUCAGUGCCCGCUGGACAUGGCAUAGAACUGCAGUUUCACAACUUCAGCCUGGACACUCAGGACGCGUGCAAGUUUGACUAUGUGGAAGUUUAUGAGACCAGCAACUCAGGGGCCCUCAGCCUCCUGGGCAGGUUCUGUGGAGCAGAACCGCCACCCCAGCGCCUCAUCUCCUCGUACCACCAGCUGGCUGUCCUUUUUAGGACAGAUCAUGGCAUCAGCGGUGGGGGCUUCUCGGCCACCUACCAGGCCCUCAAUGCCACAGAGAAGCCCUGUGGACCUGGAGAGCUCUCCUGCCGGGAUGCAGGGUGUAAGAGUCUGCAGUGGAUGUGUGGUUUAUGGAGAGACUGUGCAGAGAGCAGUGGUGACAACUGCAGCAGCCCCUUGUUCCCACCCCCAGAGCUGGCCUGUGAGCCUGUCCAGGUGGAGAUGUGCAUCGGUCUGAGCUACAACACCACGGCCUUCCCUAACAUCUGGGUGGGCAUGGCCACCCAGGAGGAGGUGGUGGAGCUCCUCAGAGGUUACAAGAGCCUGACAAGUCUGCCCUGCUACCAGAAUUUCCGGAGGCUCCUUUGCGGGCUGCUUGUGCCCCACUGCACCCCGCUAGGCAGUGUCCUUCCCCCUUGCCGCUCUGUCUGCCAGGAGGCAGAGCGCCAGUGCCAGUCUGGCCUGGCACUCCUGGGCACCCCCUGGCCCUUCAACUGCAACAGGCUGCCCGAGGCAGCUGGCCUGGAGUCUUGUGCCCAGCCCUGACCUUGAAGCCGGCCCCUGCCCUCUGCUGCCCAUCCUCCUUUGCCUAUCAGGGCAGGCAAGCAGAGAAGCAAAGGAAGGGGGCCAGCAUGGGACUCUGCCCAUCUCCUCUGGGUCUCCCCAGGGAGGGGAAGAGAAGUCCUUGGGGCUAAUGGGACCCUCCCACCUUCCCAGAUCCCUCCCCAUCCCUUUACUUGCUCCAGCUGCUGCAAACAGCUGGCCUGACUCCACCACCUAUACCACCAACAAUCUGGACCACUUCCCACCCAAGCCUCUGACCCCAAUUUGCUACCUGCUUUUUCAGGCUCUCCGCCACUCACCUUCUGACAUUUUCAUUUACUCAACAAAAAUGUACUGAGUGCUUAGUUACAUGGCAAGCCCUGUUCUGAGCACUGGGAAGCUGCUUUGUCUACUGCUGCUGGAACCUUCCACCCUCAGGUCUCAUCUUACCUUUCUC